CUCAACAGAAAACACGACGCAUGGGUGAGCGAGAAAGGUGGAACAGGUGAUGAAGCUCAAGCGGUUAUUGAUAUUUGCCGUACUACUAGUACUACCCAACAUAAAUGCUAAUCAAGAAGUGUCAUUUGUAAAACACUGGAAAGACAUUUUACUGACUGAUGGAGAACAUAGUCCAAUUUGCGCAUUAUCUAUCGAUGGUUGCGCCAGGUCAGCCCCGUACAAUGUUUCGAAAAAGAUUAUGAAGGCUUCGGUAAAUGCAUCGGAAAAGGAUUCGAUACCCGAGAAAAGCAUAGAUAACUUUGAUGAAUGGACGAAAAAGCGAAGAGAUGCGGUUGCGAACCAAAACGGACAGAAUCAAAAAACAAUUGAGCCAACUCAAGUUGCCCGGCACGAUGAAGUUUCAAUUCCGCUGCCCCCAAUCACUCGUCCACCGAGAAACUUUGCCAGUCGGGAAUGUGGCGCUAAAAUUAUCGCUGCAAAUCCUGAAGCUGAGAAUGCUAAAGCUGUUGUAAAUGAGAAAGACGUCGAUGAUUAUAUGAGAAAUCCAUGCCAAUCUGCCAAAGAAAAAUUUAUAGUUAUUGAGUUAUGCGAAGCAAUUCAGAUUAAAAAGAUAGCUAUUGGAAACUUUGAACUGUUCGCUUCAAGACCCAAAACAAUUCAAGUUUUCAUUUCUGAGAGAUACCCUCCUCUCGCAAAUUGGAUCUCUGUUGGACCAUUUCAUCUGCAGGAUCAUCAUAAGAAUUUGCAAACUUUUGAUGUUCCAAACACAAAUGUCUAUGCAAAAUAUGUCAGGAUCAACCUAGAAGAUCAUUAUGGAAAAGAACAUUACUGCAUUGUUUCGGUUGUUAAUGUGAUGGGGAGUACUUUGGCUGACGAAUAUGACAAAGAAGAAGCUGCUGCUCAUCUUUUAAAUGUAAUUGAAGAAGUGAAGGAAGAGCCAGUGACAACUCCGCCACCAUCGGAGCAGAAAAUGCAGACACAGCUUCCAGUGCCACCGAAAUCUCCGAAUCAAACUGUUUCAGCACGAAUGAAAUCAGUAGACUUCCGUCAACUGAAAUCGGUUUGCUCACAAUGUUCUGUAGGGAAAGUUUCCAACCUCAUAUGCCAUAUUCUUCCAAUUCCAACGAGAGUAAAGAAAAAUGAUUUAGUCAAGCCUCCGAAUAACCUGAAAACAUCCACAAUUAAGCCUGCAGUUACGGAUAAGCGAGACCUCAAGACAGAAAUCGGAUUGUGGGCAGAACGAAGUCGGCAUUCUAAUUUCGAACAGUCUAGGAGAAGAAAUUUGGCAACAAUCCAAAGACUUCACCCGAAAGAUGUGCAAAAAAUUUCCACAGCACCUGAUGUUCCGACACCUAAAGCUGAAAAUAUCGAAAAACCCACUGAAAAGCCAUCGGAAGAGGUUAAACCUCCAGCUCGAGAGCAACCACAAGUUUCCUUGCCUCCAAAGCCGAAAUCUGAGCCGAUUCUGCCCGCCGGAGGAUCCACUAACCAACGGGAGCUGGUUCUUAUGAAAUUAAGCAAACGUAUUGCAGCAGUUGAACUAAAUUUAACACUGAGCUCGGAGUACCUUUCGGAAUUAAGUAAACAGUACGUAUCUCAAAUGAGUGGAUAUCAACAAGAAUUAAAGGAAACUCGUAAAGCUUCCAAGAAAACCGCCCAAACUGUCGAGGCAAUGAUGAGAUCGAAAAUGAAUGGUGUGAAGCGGGAGUUGCGUGAUCUGAGGCAGUCUGUAUAUCUCCUCCAAAAGCUAGAGAAUAGUCGAUACAACAAUGUACAAAGUGAAAUGAGUCGACAAGUUCUUAUGUCUUCCUGUCAUAUUAGCUCGAAUGUUCCGCCAAGUCCAACGAUAGCUCGGCUACCUCUAAUUAUUCCCGCUUUGAACAGAAAGCUUGAAAACUUCACGAACUUUGAGGAAAGAAUGAAAAAGAUUUACGAAACUGCCAAAUCGGUGAUGUUCGGUUCACUGACAUGGAAUACUGAUCAUCUAAUUGUGGCUUUAAUAUCAUUCAACAUCAUGGCACUAUCAUUUCUUUUUGCUGGCGUCUUCUACAUUCAUCGAAGAAAUAAGGAAAGAUGCGAAGAAACUCAAAUCAUUGUGAAAAACGAAUUGAGAGCUCGAAUCGCGAAAGUUGGAAUAGAGAAUCGCAAGCUGAUCUCAAAAGGAAUGCGAAGAGCAGAGCUGGCGGUCACUGCGGCUGUUUCAUCUGCGUUGAAGAUUGAAAAGACGUCGAGUAAUCGCAGUGCGAUGACAGAAUUAGAGACGGCACUUGCGAAUUUGUUUGAGGCUCAACAGACGCGGAUUGAGGAGCAAUUUGAGCAGAAUCAGAAAAUGCUCCGAGACGCUUUGUCGGAAAGAAAUGGAUCCCGAUUUGAUGAUACUUUAAGCGUGGAGGACAGUGAAAGCUCGUCGGAAACGGAACAUUCAAAGGAGGAUACACCGACUUUAAAUGCAGAUUAGAAAAUUACUGUAGUAUUUAUUCAUAACAAAGCUUGAAUUUGUAGUAGAUUACUAACUUGGUGACUAGCAUUCCAUACGAGUUCAAUUCUUUCUUUCUCUUUCCUUCCUUUUCCAUCACUCUCGCCCAUUUACAAUCAAAUUGCCCUCUUCCCCCAUACCGAUUGAAUUGAUUUCGUUUGUACAGGUUUUCGACAUUCAAUGUCGCUUAUUAUUCUCCAUCCUGAACCAUUUUUCAGCUUGCUGUGCAUGCUUUUCUCCCCCAAUUUUACUGUGAACAGGGUCUCCUCGCCGUCCGGUGUGAUAUAUUUGCCACACCGAAUUGAUUUACUGAUUCAGAUCUUUCCAUUAUAAUUUUAUUGUCACUGUAAUUUUCCAUGAAUUUUUGUGUACU